AUGUAAUUGUAACCAAUUAUGUAUAUUAAUACGCUUUAUGUAGUUACAGCUCCUCUUCUUCCAGAUCCUUCUUCGUGUUCCAUAUAUUCCGUAAACAAAAUUAUGUAAUUAUAUACCUAUAUGUAUUUAUAUUUAGAUUGUGCCAAACAACUUCGCGUUCAUAUAAUUGGCAUAAAAUCCCAGACAGGUUUUACAAGCCAAUAUAAUUUAUAAUUCCUUUACGGAAAUAAAUUCAUAAAACUUAGGUAUGUAGUUUUAUUCCGACAUUUUCCGUGGGAUAAAUCAGUUGAUUACUUGAGCAAAAUUUCUUACUAUUUGGAAGCUACAAUUUCAAUCCAGUUGUAAAAAUGGUCACAUUUAGACGCUUUAUGAGGGAAUUAAUCCUCGUUAUUUUAACAAUUUUAGGUGUAGCAACGCUUCCAAUUACAGCCUCAGUUUUUUGUACCCUUCUUUUAUAUCGAGAAAUUGUCAUAAAAUUUGUAAAAUAUUUUAAAAGUGACUGGAUCCCGUUAAACCUAUUUAGUUGUUAUGGAGCCGUUGACGAUAUUUACAAUAAGCCCUUGGCUGGAAUUGGGAUCGUGAUCUAUCUUGAUAAAAAGAUAAGUCAAGAUGUCAUAUUUAAACGAAUGGAAGCAUUAAUUGCUAAACGGAAUGGAGCUGAGCUCAAGUGUCGUCUGACUCGUCUGGGGGGAUUUUUUUUCUGGGAACCAAUUCCAAAUUUUGAACUGUCAUCUUGUCUCGGAGUGAAUUAUAGUGAUGACUUCGAAUACUUUGACACAUUUAAGGGGCAGUGUGUCCUUGAGCCGUUUAAGAAGGGUUGUCCACUAUGGGAGGCGACGUUGUUCCCUAAUAUCGAUAAGGACGGCAACUACGCAUUUCUCAUUCGGUGGCAUCACUCCCUCAUGGACAUGAACUCGAUUAUUACACUAUUUCGCAAUCUUGGAGAUCCCGACCCAGAGCAGGAUGUCCUGCUCGACCAAAUUGUAGCCCGCAUUACGGAAAAGUAUUCCCCAAAAAUUGGAAUACUAUACAUUCUGGAUUUUCUAUUCAUUUCUCCCUUCCGAAGUGGUUACAUGGCUUACAACAUGCUGAACGAAAAUGAAUGGACGAGAACCCCAAUCACCGGAAAAUCUGUGCAUCACGUCGAACAGUUAGAUUUGAACGGGGUGAAACAAAUUUCAAAAAUGGCAGGUCAAAGUAUUCAGACGAUUCUUUUAACAGCGUUGACGGGAGCGAUUAGGAAAAGCUUGCGUUUUGAUGAUGUGACCGAAGUGAAGAUGAAUUUUGCAUUAGUAUUUCCAAUUCCGGGUCAUCCAGCACGAGAUAGGAUGACGAAUCAUAUGUGGCUGGCCCCCUUAAAAUUGCCCGUGUCCGAUGCAGAUCCGCUGAAUCGUAUGAAAAGUAUCUCCUCUCAAAUUACGAACUUGGCAAAGUCACCCAUCCUCCUCUGGUUGGUUCUUGGGGACUUAUUUUUCUGCCUGACGUCUUCCCUCAUCAAUAAGAAAUUCGUUCCCAGAGAGAUAUUUUCAGGAAUCAUCUCAAACGGGAUUACAUUAAGAAAGCCCGAACAUAUUACUGGGAUAGCAGUUUCGAAAUUCGAAAUAAUGACGGGACGUGGACUGAACAGUGUGCCGGUGGUGUUCAAUUUUUUCACCGUGUGCGACUACAUUGAUUUUGGGAUAUGGGCUGAUCGUGGUCUCUUCAGUGGUAAAGACGCACUUGAAACUUUUGCAAAAAGCUUCAGAAUGGAGCUUAAAACACUUGAAAAUUAUAAAUGAGAGUAAAAAACAGAAUGAGAAGAUUAUAAAUAACAUUUGCUGACGCAUUUGCUGUGUUGCAAAAAAUACAAAAUCAUAAUUUUUUUGUAUGUAUCAUGAAACACUUAAAUAUGCAAAUUUGUUUGUAAAUCAGUGUGUAUAUAUUCUAGUACUAGAGUCUUGUGCGGUAAAAAAUUAUAAGUAAAUAAUGUUGGAUGGUGUUGAAAUCCAAAUAUGUCGAAAAAACAUUGUCAUGCAAUUUUGCAUGUGCACAUCAGUAACACUUCUGACAGUGAGAUGCAAACCUGUUUCCCCAUUUAAGUACUUACCAGGUAACUAAUUGUACGUAUUUACAUGUUUCCAGGAAAACAGUAGUCGGUAAUGUUACUAAAAGCUUUACAGAGAUUAGCACCCACGAUAAAAUCCAACGGCUAUUAUGUUAUUUAGAUUGUUAUGAAUUCGGACUAAAAUAUAAACAUGUCAAUUAUGUAUAUUUUGUAAUGACACAGUAUAUACAUUGGUUUCUUACAUAACAACACGGAUCUCGGUACCACAAUUCUACCGAGUUACCAGUAGAGAAAUGGUCAAAAAAGUGGAAAAAAGGUGGAAAAAACCAAAUAUACUGAAAACCACAUCUAGGACCAAAGUGACGUAUGUUUCGUUCGUAUAUACAUAUUUCAGUAAAACAAAAGCAAUUAUGCAACGAGCCAAUCCAGCCACAAACUGACUGACAUAACAGGAAUGCAUGUGUCCAUACAUACAAACGUUGGAAGCCCUAUAAUUACACAAAAACUUCCUCAUCUGAUUUUUGUACUUUUUAAAAGCAUUUAUGGAAAGCCCAACUAAAUUUGCACGCAGUCAUUAUUCUGACUCCUUGACAUUGAUAUGGUCAUAAUUUUGUCCCAGUUUCAUAUUAAAAUUAAAAUAUAAUUCUCAACAUUUGUGAUCCCAUAAAUUUUAGGUAACUUUUCUAAACCGAUAAUAAUGGAUCCGCCGGCACAAAACAAUUCCACCGAAGGUUAUCGUUCCUGGCUGAUAAACAUAUCCGACAUUCAUCUCGGAGGAAGCAGUGUCCUCGAUGGGAAUUACGUGGCAUUCUAUGUCAUUCAUAUUACAGCCUGCACCUGCAUUUUUAUCUCACUGAUCUGCUGUUCUUUCGUGAUUACGUCAAUUUGCAAAAUUGUUUAUAAAAAAGUGACUCAAACUGCGGUAGGAAGAGCGCAAAAUCCGGGCAUGUUCAAUCUCGAUUUUUCGGACCGCUUCCCCUUCUAUUUGGCAAUGGCUGACACCCUGCUAAAUAUUUCGCACUUGACGGAUCAUUUAUUUCUUUUAAUUACGCAUACCUUUCCCAGCCCAACUGUUUCGGUAGUGUUGAGUUUGAAUCUUUGGAUAACGCUGGCAUAUCAGCAAACAAUGCACGCUGGGCUGGCCGUAUUUACAUAUCUACGAAUUGUUCGAGGUACUCACCUAAACCUCGGGAGCUGGGAGUGGAAGCUGCACGCUGUUGCCGGAUCUUUCAUAUUGGUGUCAAUUGCAGUGUUUUAUCCGCUGGAUGCGUUCGGAUCGUCGGGUUUUUGGAUGCUGGUAAACUUUCAGAGCCCUGGUGGAACAGUAUUCUCAAUUUUUGCCAUUACCUCCUGCACCUUUCAAGCAAUAUGUACCACAUUCGCCUACACACAGAUUCGACGGGAGGUCAAGGCUGGUCAAAAGGUCGCCGUGAAAAUGAGAGCCACUCAAGUGACCACGCACACCACGGCGUCACAAUGCUUGUCCACUUUUGUUCGGAUUUCUAUAGCAACGGUGGGACCGUCAGCAAUUUUUUAUUCGACGAUCGUGAUCCAGACGAUGUUUGGAUUCCUCGAGCCGGUCACGGUCGUGGUGUACGUCAUGUUUUUUAAUAGUAUCGGGACAUUGAAUGCGUUUGGCUACUUUUACAAUAAGAGGAUUAAGGCACGAGGCAAAGAAAGUGGGGGAGGCGGAGGGUUGGACGUGGAGGGGAAAAAUGCCACCCCUUUCAACUCAAGCAGUGGAAAAAGUACGUCAUCAGCGACUUCAACGACAUUUUUGGUGACUACAUAAGAGAGCGUGGAAAGUGACAUUCGUGAUGUCAGGUGUAUAUUUAUAUGUAUAUUUAUGUAUUAACUAAGGUGUCGUAAAAAUCCUUAAUGAUAUUUGACCCAAAUUGUGUAUAUGUAAAUAUAGCUCGAUUUAUUUGUGCUACUUAUAUUUCCAAUUAAAUAUGUUUGAACCUAAAUCAUUAAAUAAAGAAAGAUGUAAAAUAUA